UUCAAGAAAACAAUAUGGCGGAACAUAGACGAGAUAACCCUUAGAAGGGCUGUGUGUACGCCAUGGCUCUGCUACAGGUUAGAUUUACAAGGAUUGCUUCAUUUGUUUAUCGGUAUAACAACCUAAAGAAGAAGGAUUUUUUUUCUGUUUUAGUGGCGCAGGUUCAACUUUUUUGACAAGGAAAUUCUCAAAGACCCCGGAACAAACCAACCAUUCUCCGCGCUAAAGGUAUGGCGAUAUUAUAUUGCUCACGUUUUUACAGUAGGUUAUGGAGAGGCCAGUAUCUCAGUGAUAAUGAUUAUAUUCUAAGAAUGAAUAUGCAUGCAUGAAUACAAUGGAUCGCACACAUAUCAUCCUAUCCAAUUUUCAAGACAGUCAAGAGAACAGCCAUUUUUUAAAAUGGAUUUCCUGUAUUAUUAUUAUUAUUAUUAUUAUUAUUAUUAUUAUAAUUAUUAUUAAUUAUUGGUAGUAAUUUUAUUGUCAUUAUUUUCCUUAUUCUUAUUAUUAUACAAAUCAAAUUGAAUUUUUUAAACACUUAAGAAUAAAGAUAAGUGAAACUUUUUCACUUAUCUUUCUUCUUAAUGAUUAAUAUUACAAAUGAUAUUAAGAAUAUUAUCUACAUCUAAAUCUAAACUGAUAACUGUAUCAAUCCCCCAUGGGGGAUAUAUAAGAUUCAGAAGUAUGAUCAGCAGUCUUCGUUAUAAUAGUGGCUAGUGUUAAUAAUCCUUGAAAUGUUUAAAUUAGAUAGGCCAGUUUUAAAUGACUGGGUUGAGGAUGCACAAUGCAAAGUUAGUGGUAAAGAGUUCCAUUGAGGAAUUGUGCGUUGAAGAAAGGAAAAUCGAUAACAGUUGGUAUUGGACUGUAGUCAAAGAUACGACAGAUCAGAAGUAUGACUUGAUUGGCGACCACUUGGCACGAGGUGUGAAGUGCAAGGAGAUAUCAACAAGAACGUGAACAAUUUUGUACAUAAGCACCAGGCGGCCUAUUGCCCUGCACUCCUCAAGCGACUGCCAACUGAUGUUACUAAUCAUGUUCGUCAUUCUUGACUCUAUGGUAGUCUCCACUAACAAAGCCAGCUGCUUGUUGUUGUACCUUCUCAAGUGAUAAGAUUAUUGUUGUUGCAGUGAUCAUGAAUUAAGCUUAUAAAUGAAUGACAGCAACAGCAAGAAUUUUUAUUGACUCCUUAUACUUAAGAAAAAUUAAAUGUUCAUGAAAUAAAAUACAUAAUAAAAUGAAUAAAUUAAAUUAAAUUAAAUACCUGAAUGGAAGAUGAAACAAAAGUGCAGAUACAUGUGAUUCAGUUCUUUCAGUUUUGCUUUCAACAGGUGGAAUUGAAAGAAAAACAGAAAUGUGAAAAAAUUAAUGUGACUCCAUCCUCAGAAUGCAUGCAUCUUUUAUAACAUCUCUAUAAAUGUUUGUCUAUCAAAAUAGCAUGACUCAUGGUGUUGCAGAGUUCGUGUAAUUUGAAUUAAGCUGUUUCAUUUUGUUUUUUUUUCAUCUGAUCUUGUGAACAGGAUGUUGACAUCACAUCUUGUACAAGUGGAAGAGGGCAGUUAGUUAUCGGAGGUAAUGUCAUUUUUAAUAUUUUGGCUAUGCCUGUAGAGUAUUCCAUUUCCCAAAACCCUUUUUGAUCCUUCCUGACCUUGUAGCUCUAUAUAGGCUGUUUAUCAUAAACUAUAAAAGAGUUUGCAGAAAAUGCAAAUAAUGGAAAGUCAAUAGAACAGUCAUUUAGUAUUAGUGAUAUGUUAAGAGGAGGCAGAGAUGUUUCAACAGAAUUCUCUCCUGCAGUUUUAGAGCAUUUGAACUGAAAACUGUUGUUAUAAUAUUAUGUGUUUGUACAAUUAAUAUUAUUGUUAAUUAUUUUAUAGCGAAAAUCACAUGACCAAACAGGUUGCUUGAAAUGGUCAUCUGAGUUAUUAAAAAAUUUAGAUGCAAACAAUUAUUGGUUUUUCAGGGUGCUAACAGUUUAGUGAUUUCGAUCUUCAGUGGAAAUUUUAUGACACAAUUUUAAGCUCCAGUUGUUCAAACUUUGGAUAGUGCUAUGCACCAGAUAAACCCGGAGUCUAUCUAGCGGAUAAUUAUCAUGGAAACCAUUGCAUUAUCCAGCUUUAAAACAACUGGGUCCAACUCUUUAGAACAAUGAAUGUUCUAAAGCCCACUCUUUUAUCAAUCUGACCUCACAGCUCAGUUGGCAGGGCAAGCAUGGUUGUUCUAAUCUGUAGGUUGUGGGUGCAGUUCUAAUCAGGGUGCAAAGGAAAUCAGUAGCCCAACAGUCAUUUAAAGGAGUCAGAAAAACUUUUUUUGAUAAGCAGUGAUUGAUAAUCAAUUUAUUAUUAUUUAUCAACUAAUUACUGGUCCAGUGGUCAGAUCUUUAUCUGAUCAGCUUGAAAAACAGCUUUCGAAACUUCUGCAAUUUGAAUUCCUCCAAAGAGCUUCACUGGCCCUUCGGGAAAGUUAAGAACAGAAUGCAUAACUAGCCGGAUCCCAAAGGCCAAUAGCCCUGGACUAUUGGACGCAACUUUAUUUGCACAUUGUUCAUCAAGGCGGGCGGGCCUCAGACUAAAGAACUUUUACUUUGUCUCAUGUGGCUCUCUGAUUCCUUUAACUAAGGUCAUUGUACAUGUUCAGUGGGAAUUUCAUGGUACUUUAAAUUUUACCUCAGAGCUAGUUCUAUGUUCCGUCAUAAAUUUUCUAGUCCAAUAUUUUAGAAGUUUAAAAUGUUAUGAUAAAAAAUGUAUUUUUUGUAUUGAAUUUUUCGUAGAUUCUGCUGGCUUUGUACACUUUUUGGGUCGUGAUUUAACCAUCACAUCAUUCCAGGCCUAUGAAAUCCGUGUGUCACAUUUUUAUCAAUUAAAACAGCAAAACUUUUUGUUCACAGUUGGGGUAAGUUUUCAACGUACUUUUAAUAGCAUUUGACACCUGUGUAUUAAAAGCAACCAAGUCUUUUUCAAUUUUGACAAACUUCAUAAGAGCAAGUGACAGAUUUGCACCAACCUACUGCUUGGCAACUACCUUACACACACACACACAGCUACAUCACCUGAACAGCGGCAGCCAUGGACAGCUGUUUUACCCUUCGUUUUCAAGCAAACUUCAAAGUGAAAUAUCCUGCAGGUACCUGUACCUGUACACCAACAAUGAAAUACACAUCUUCCCCCCCCCCCCCCAAAAAAAAAACGACAACAACAACAGCAAUAUUUGUACAAUAGAGCAUUUGUAAUACAUGAACAGAUGUAGUGAUGACAAAAUUACAAAAUUAACCUACGGUAUCACCUUAUGGGCAACAGCUUUGUAUUAAUUCAUGUAUUAAUUUUAAUCCAUCUAAAUCUUGAUUUAGGAAGAUGAAGUUGAUGGAGUUGAUCCUAUAAUUCGAGUUUGGAAUCUGGACAAGGUACAAUUUGCUGUGUUUUUCUUUGAUACAUGUAAUAUGCUUUUGAAAAGCUUACAAGAGAACUUGUGUCAUGUGAAUCAAACUUGCAACACAUGCACGCAAAUAUUGUGUUUCAACCCAUGCCCUGGAUUUAUUGUAGGGCUGUCAUGAAUUAAGGGCUGGGGCUAGUUAUGAAUGUGACCCCCCCCCCCCAGCUACUUUCAUAGGAACAUACAUAGCAAUUUGAUUCCCUGCCUACUUGUUUAUUUACCCAGCAUCUUGAAAUCUUAGAAACAGCUCUAUAUCGUAAGUGCAUAGCAUGCAGUGAUGCUGUACACUUUAUUGUACUACGUAAAUUGACCUCAAGAUAAAUAUUGAAGUACACAAUUGCAAUUUCAUGUAACUAAAUGGUAAUAUCAUCACUUUAUAUUCAGAUUGAUAAGUAUGGCAAUCCUGUUUGUUGCUGCAUGCAGCGUCUUAUCCCAGGAAACAAGCCAGUUCCGGUAUGUGGUCUUCUAGCCCUUUAAUUGUGCAGAUACUCUUUUGGCUCGUCAUGUCACAUGCCCAUGCCUAAAACAGUGAUUUUGUUACAAAUAGUUAUGGUGAGUCUUGGGACUCAUCUUGUGAAAAAUCAUGAGUCCCUGUCAUAACCAAUGAGUCCCAAUUCAAAAAACAAGGAGGCGUAAAUUGAAAAUGCUUGGGCCUUUAUGUAACCAGACAGUUAAUCUGGGGACAGACGCCAAAACUCUUUAUACAGUUUGAGAUACAAGGUGACGACAGAUUGUGGAGCAGUAAUGCUGAUCCUCCUUUUUGUUUGUCUCAAAAUAAAGUAAUGUUUCUGCUAAAGAUUAUUCUAAUUUAUGACAAACUUCUUUGGAUGCUACCCCGAGGGUGGCAGGUUAAUGAAGGUUUAACUGUAGUGAGAUCCAAGGGUUUCCUAAUCUUAAGGGGAGCUUGCAUCAAUUAAAUUGAUAAUAUUUCCCUUAGGUGUCCUGUCUUGCUGUUAUGGAGAAUCUCACUCAGAUGGCUGUAGGAUUUGCAGAUGGCACCGUUCUUGUUUACAAAGGAGACAUCACAAGAGACAGGUUAUAAAGCUUCUAAAUCGGAGACAAAAUCAGUUGAGAUGUUUUGCCCUGAAGGCAAUGAAUUUCGAAUUUCCCACCAUUUUGUUGCUAUUUUUAGAAACAUUAGUGAUCUUUAGAAUGUCAUUUCUUUGCAACUAAAUGACAUUUUCAAUUUUUUUUUUCACAUUUCAGUUCACCUCUGAGUACUCUUUCAAAGUUGCUGACUUGUUAUGUCAAAAGUCGAAAAUAAGUUUUUGCUGUCAAUCUUAUGAUGUUAUUUUCCCACUAAAAACCAUUAAAAUCGAAAAUCCAAAAGCAAAGAAUUGUUGGGAAUACCAAUUUCUAUUUUCAUGCAAAGUUUUAGCUGAAACUGAUAAAAAUUGCAAAACUAGUCUGAAAGAGAGCACUUUUUGCUUGCAACUUAAUCCGGCAUGAAGGUUAUAAAGCUUUCCACACCCUACCCCUUCUCCUGCCCUCCAUGCAAUGUUGUGAUGCUGUUUGAGCUACCGGUAGAAAACAAUAAACACCCCAACUUUAAAUGGAGAGGGGAGGGGCAGUGGUGUGGUUUUUGUGUUCUCCGAACUUACUCCAUUAUUUUGAGGACAAUGUCUCAACAAUUUUGUCAUCGAUUCUUGCUUGUGUCAUUAUUUUUAUCAUUUCAGCUUUGGUUUAAUACUCAAACUGCCGGUAGUUUUCAUUAGUAGAAAAAAAAAGUGAUCAUGUUGUUGUUUAUUAUUUUUUCAAUGGAUUUUUGUUUAGCCUUGACUAUUAUACAAAGGAAAAUUCACUUGUUAUAAGUGUCUAGUUUUUUGAUAGAAUUGUUGCUAUGUUGCUUAACGACAAACUAGAUUGCCUCUAGGAUUGUUCGUUUAACAUACAUAUAUAUUUAUACAAUUUUCUUUUUUCUCUUGUACCCGCCUCGAUUGGCCUUUGCUAAUUGCGGGCACAAGCUUUGUAAGCUAUAUUUAAUUUGAAAUAAACUUGUUGUUGUUGUUGUUGUCUUAAUACUGACAAUAAUAAUAUGUAAUUGUUUAUUUGUAACUUUACUUUGUUGUUUGAGAUUUUGCCAAUACUCCUGGGUAAUUUAUACAGUUUAAUGUUAUUGGAGUGAAAAAACCCUCAUAGAAUAAGUCUUGGUUGUAAAUGGCUAAAAUGGCUUUCCUGUCAUUGUUGAUUGCAGGCACACAAAACAGCGAAUAGUGCAUCAUGAUAAGCACCCUGUGACAGGUACAGUUUUAUUAAAAUUAUUAUUAAUUAUUUUAAUUAUUAUAAUUAUUUUAUUUAUAAUUAAUUUGUCCUUUGUUGAAUUUCAUAUGCCUUUUUGUUUGUAAAAGAAGACGUUCCUUGAAAAGCAGCUUUAUCAUCUUUAGACUCAAAAGUUAAAAAUUGUCUCAUUUUAUGUCUCCAAAAUUGACUCUGGGGUUGCAAAUCACAUUUUCUUGUCAUCUUUGCUCACAGUAGUCUCCCUCGCAGCUGUUUUUUGGAUGUCACAGGAGAGCAUUGGGGGAGCGUUGUGUGACAUCCAAAAAACGGCUGCGAGGGAGACUAUGCUCACAGUGACUUUUGCACAUUAAUUUUAAACUGUUAUGGAAUGAUAUUAUUGAGAAUACACUAUUAUUCAUUUCAUUGGUAGAAAUUUAAUGUACUCAUUGCACUAAGUUUGACUAAAUGUGCUUAUAGUCUGGAUUAUUUACAGUGGGUAACCUUAACCACAAGUAUGCUUAUAAUUCUAUCUGUUGUAGGACUUGCCUUCAAACAGACCAGUGACAGUGUAGUACUGUUUGUGGUGACAACGGAGGCUGUUUUAUCUUAUAACACUUCAGCAAAAGACAAGAGGGUAAGUGUCGAAAAGGCUUCACCGUCAUGUACUCUACUUCUGUCCAUAAUCACAAAAUAUACCAGAAACACAUGCUUUCUUUUUGGAUAUGUGAAAUAUUCUUCAACAACAUCAACAACAACUUAUUCAAAAAUGUUUGAAUUUAACAUAACAAUGCUUGAUACCAGUUAUUGGCUUAGAAGCUAGUUAAGAUGGACAAACGAGAAGAGAAAAAUACAGGAAAAAUUUGGAUGCACUCCAGUUUGUAUCAAUAAUUUUGGUAUUAUUUAUUGAUAAAAAGGUGACUUUAUAAUUAUACAUGGACCAAAAGAAGGCCACUUUUCAAAUAGUUUGCCUUUUUUUGUGCAGAUUGUCUCACUUUUUAGCUGAUUACCUCAGUGAACAACUGUUGAAUACAAUCUGAGAGAUAAAUCAGAAUAUACAAUGGCAUCAGCCCUCUGAUUGGCUGUACACUAUAUAUUCUUUAUGGCAUUAGACAAAUGCACGAAAUUUUACCCUGUUACUUAAAGGGCUACAUGUCAUGAGGACAUUGCUGUUUUCAGUCAAUUCCAAAGGUUAUUUCUCAGUGCCUUUACCCUAACGCAAAAUGCUCCCAUAGAGUUAUGAAGAAAAUAUCAAACAAACUUCAUCAGGGAGUACUGAGUCUGGUGAUCAUUUUGUUAAUUCUCCUAACGAUUUCUCUUGAUUAUAUAUUGAUUCAGUAAGGAGAAAAUUGAUGGCAGACACUCUUAGGACUUUGGGAGAGGGUUAAGGGCAUUACUUAUUGCCUUUUUUCAUUCACCGUUUACACAGGUUCCUGUAGAGUUUGUUUAUAUGAAGAAGAUAUCGAAGAAAUUUCAUCAGGGAACACUCACUGUAAUAAUUUUGACAGUGAUUUUUGCAGGCCUAACAUUUCCAGUUUCUUUUCAUGUUCAUCCUUUUCAUCAGUAGCAACAGGCAACAGUACGGUGGCCCAGAAGGGUCGCACAUGCAAAUUAAAAAUAUUGCUGCAAAUUAAAAAUUUUACCUGCAAAUUAAAAAUGUUGCUGCAAAUUAAAAAUAAGACAUGCAAAUUAAAAAUUGUACAUGCAAACUAAAAAUAUUACAAACAUGAAACAUGAAUGGGCCAACGGCUCUAAGGCCAGGUCGCACGGCUUGGACCAGGUCCUCAUCACUAUUGUACAAUUUUUAAUUUGCAUGUACUAUUUUUAAUUUGCAGCAACAUUUUUAAUUUGCACGUGUGACCCUUC